AUAAUAAAGUCUACUACUCCACAUCCAAAUCUUAUUUCCUACCAAAAGUUCGCAAUAUUUCUCAAAACAAACCUUUUCUUUUUCCCUCCUACAUAUUUUCACAACAGCGUGUGAUGGCCAUCCUUCGGUUACUGACUCUCUCGACUCUCCUGACUCUCAUUGCUGCCAACAACGCCACUUACAGGCGUGUCUGUUACUAUACAAACUGGUCCCAGACUGUGCCGGCUGCAGGUAAAUUUGAACCGGAAGACAUAAACCCCUACCACUGUACACAUAUUUGCUAUGCUUUUGCCAAACUUGAUGGGAAUCACAUUGCGCCCACGUAUCCUAAUGAUGAAUCCAGACCCUGGAUGAAGGGCUUGUAUGAAAGAACUCUAAAUCUGAAGAAAAUAAACCCUUCUUUGAAAAUCCUGAUUUCUCUGGGUGGUUGGGACAUGGGAUCUGCUCCCUUUACUGCGAUGGUUGCUAAUGCUGCCAACAGAAAAGAUUUCAUCGAUCAUGCCAUAACUUGGAUGAGGAAGAGAGGCUUUGACGGUUUAGAUAUUGACUGGGAGUAUCCAGCCAACCGUGGCAGUCCACCUGAAGACAAAAACAGAUUUUCGAUGCUUAUUAAGGAAGCCAGGCAAGCAUUUGAAGCUGAGGCUAAGAGAUCUGGUAAAGACAGACUUCUGUUGAUAAGUGCUGUACCCACGGCAAAAUACGCUGUAGAUUCUGGUUAUGACGUGGCCACACUUUCAAAGUACUUCGAUUUCUUUGUUGUGAUGACAUACGAUUUUCACGGAACUUGGGAAUCCUUUACAGGACACAAUAGCCCUCUCUUUGUCCGAGCUGAUGAGCAAGCCUUGCAAAGGACACGGAAUACGGAAUGGACCAUCGAUUACUGGAUCCACUUAGGGGCUGCACCUGAGAAGCUGAAUAUUGGUUUACCAACGUAUGGCCGGGGAUUUACCCUAGCGUCUAAAACUAACAUUUGUUUGAUGAUCCAAUCAGGCGGGAAAGUUUUCUGGAUCGAAGAACAGAAAGUACCCUACGUCGUCAAAGGUGAUCAAUGGUAUGGAUAUGAAAAUCCGAAAAGCUUGAAGUUAAAGGUGGAAUGGAUGAAGUCAAGAGGCCUAGGUGGCAUUGCGGUCUGGGCACUACCGUUGGAUGAUUUCUCUGGGAUGUGUGGAGAGAAGUAUCCGCUAAUGAAAGCCUUACUUGAAGCUCUUGGAGGCAACGUUAACAGUACUUCACAAAGAACGACCACACCUACUGAACCUCCAGAUGUGGUUACACUCUCUCCAAGUAAAGACAGCGAACUCUGCAGAGGCACUGCUGAUGGCAUCUACCCGUACCCGAAAUCCUGUACCAAGUACGUGGUAUGUAUCAAUGAAAAUGCAUUUGUGGAUAAAUGUGAAGCUGGUUUUUGGAAUAGGAAAUGGAAACAGUGCGAUUCGAAACCAGAUUCUCAAUGUACACAAAGGAUGAACACCACGAAGUCACUUAACGCUACGACACCUACGCCCGGUAAGAUACUUAUAACCGAAGGUAUUGAAGCCAUGGCAUAUCCUGUCGUCAUGGGGCGCAGCGUACCCAAAGUGGGGGCCCAGUAUGGCCGAAUGGUUAAGACGUUUGAAUUGCAAGAACGAAAUUCCGGGUUCGAUCUCGUUAUCAAACGUUGUUAUGUUAUCACCAUGUGUCGGUUCCCAACGAAGAUAUCGUUGUCUAUGGUGAAACUUGAAGUUGUAUAUAAGACGACAACAAUGAUUUCUCUUAGGUUACUGGUGAUUUUUGCUCUGUGCAGUGUCGGCUGCCAGGCUUACCGUCGAGUUUGCUACCAUACCAACUGGUCGCAGUACAGACCAGCUGGCGGCAAAUAUUUCCCUGAGAGUAUCGACCCAACACUGUGUACGCACAUCUGUUAUGCUUUUGCCAAACUGAACGGAAACCACCUCCACGCUUUCGAAUGGAACGAUGAAUCUGAGCCAUGGAUGAAGGGAAUGUAUAAUUUAAACGCGAUAUGUUUUUUUUAUCUUCAGGAAACGAAACUGGCGUUCGAAGCUGAAGCGAAAUCAACUGGCAACGAGAGACUUUUGUUGGCUUGUGCUGUCUCCGCUGGACAAGACAAAAUAGACACUGGCUAUGACAUUCCAGAGAUUUCCAAGUACUUCGAUUUCAUCACAAUUAUGACAUACGAUCUUCACGGAGCCUGGGAAAAGUUUACAGGACACAACAGUCCACUUCACGUGAGGAGCGACGAAAAGGGGCUGCAAAGACACCUUAAUGUGGAAUGGGCAGCGAACUACUGGGUAAAGAAAGGCGCCCCCAAAAGUAUAUUAAAUGUGGGCUUGGCCCUUUAUGGACGUGGCUUUACACUUAGCAACCCAGCACAAAGCAAUCCCGGUGAUCCCGCCAAAGGAGCUUCCAAUAAAGGACCUUUUACCAGAGAAGGCGGAUUCCUGUCUUACUAUGAGAUCUGUAAAAUGAUAGCAACUGGAGGUAAGGUGUCUUGGAUCAAAGACCAGGAAGUUCCAUAUGUUGUGAAGGGCAACCAAUGGGUUGGAUACGAUAACCCAAAGAGUUUAACUAUUAAGGUUAAUUGGAUCAAGGCAAAUGGAUUUGGAGGCAUUGCUGUCUGGGCUCUACCCCUUGAUGACUUUAAUGGUCAGUGUGGAGGAGAGAAAUACCCUUUGAUGAAAUCCAUAGUCAGAGCAUUAGGAGACAAAAUCGUUGUCCCACCUCACACAGCCCCGGUCAAAACCACACCAAAAACCGUCAUUACCCUUCCUCCAAAGAAAGACGAUGUCCUGUGCCAGGGUAAACCAGAUGGAACUUAUUCCCAUCCAAAGAGUUGCACCGAAUAUGUCUUUUGUGUCAAUGGUCGAUCAUUUAUAGAGAAAUGUAAAGUUGGAUUGUGGAACCAAAACAAAGGACUGUGUGAUCCUGACCCUAGUUUCAGAUGCACAAUUGGGGGUAAAGUGGUGACAAAUAAACCAAGUACUUCAAGACCCGUCACCCCUGGCAAAGGAGGAUCAACACAUUUCUGCGAGGGAAAAAGCGAUGGUUUGUAUGUUGACCCCAAAGAUUGUACAUUCUACUACCAAUGUUCCUUCGGUUUAACCUUCCAUGAACGCUGUGGACCCAAAACUGGAUAUGAUCCCAAAAUUAAGGCCUGCAACUUUGUGGCACAAAUUCCUGGUUGUUCUUAAGUUCGAACUAUAGUUGAAAGAAUUUUAAAAUGAAAAUAAUAAAAAAAUACAAAAAAAAUUAUUAAAA